GUGCAUCACAGCGUUGAUUAGACUUAUUUCAAGUAGUGACCUCCGUUUUCGUUUCGUCGUGGUUACGGAUUAUCGCUUUCGGUGAUCGGUGUUAUGCACCGCAACCACUUUACAGAAGAAAGCGCCGUUGGCUUCCAUCUUAUUUCGUAGAGCGUAAUACUAGUAACAGGAAGGAAGAAAAGAUCACCGCUGCGAGGAACGCACGCCAUGUCAAGACCGCGUGUGGUAACGACCGGGAAGGUGGUCAACGAAAAAGGCGGUGCGGACCUUUCCUCUAGCGAGCACACCCAGGUGGCGCUUUCCGCGUUCAGCUUUCUUUUUUCCGAGAUGUGCAUUCGAGCCUACACCUUUCCGACAAAGGUAAAGAACGUGGAGGAGGUCGAGGCUCGCCUCACCUCGCUCGGUGCGCACGUUGGCACGCGAUUGAUAAUGCUCUCCUCCGUGCGCGAUCCGGUUGACCUGCAGCGCCGUCCGCUGACCAUCGAUGCGGUGCUGAAGCUCCUGCAGGAGAAGCUGUGGCUGCGCUGGUUUGGUCGCUCGGCGCGUGACAUUCAGCGGGAGAGCAACUCAGAUCGGUUCUUUCUCUUCGACAGCGACCCGUUGGUGCUGAAGUACGUACAUCCGUCUCCGGAUUACAUCGACAGUGAGGGGCGGUGGAACGUGAACUACGCGAGCUUCAUGGGAGGUAUUAUUCAAGGCGCGUUGCAAUCGAUGGGGUUUGAGGCGGAGGUGCAGACGUAUCAUCAGCCGGAGCCAGGCAAGCCCCAUCAGUCGUUAUUUGUAGUUGCGUUUGCCAGACACGUUUGGGACCGCGAGCGAAAGGUGCGUACGUAG